GGAGCGCAUGAAGAUGCCUAUAACCAGCUGCGACGGGCGGUCCGACAGACGGUCACGCUGUACGCACCCACCCCCAGUGGAGAGUACGUAAUCGAGACAGACGCCUCCGAGCUGGGAGUAGGAGCCGUCCUGAAGCAGGUACAAGAAGGCACGGAAGUACCGAUUGAGUUUGCCAGUAAGAAGUUCAAUCCAACCGAGUCGCGCUGGGAUACGAGAGAACGGGAGUUGUUUGCGGUCAAGUGGGCCGUGGAGAAAUGGCGAGACUACGUCGGCCUCGCUCACUUCACUGUCAGGACGGACCACAACAAUCUGCGCUACCUCACAAACGUCGACAAGGGUAAGGUCUUCCGAUGGGCACUCGCGCUGAGCAACUACGACUUCACUAUCGAGUUUAUAUCCGGCGAAACAAAUAACAUAGCGGACUGGCUCAGCAGGUACGCAGGCGACGACAGAGAAGAGGAUGAACUCUUGGACAGAAUGUCCUUACAAGUCGCAGCAGUGAGAGCACCCAUGCUCAAUCUGCCGCAACCUCCGACGAAGGAAGACUUCGUGCGAGCCUAUGCCGAGGAGGGGAAACCAGACCUACCCGGACUCCACUACGAUGGCCUGUGGUGGAUCCAUCUACGGACGCAGAAGAUCUACGUUCCCCGCCAGCUGCGGACACGCAUAGUCAUCGCGUUCCACUACGGACCCAGCGGCCACCUAGGAGUCGGCAAAACGAGGAAGAGGGUCCAAGCGCUAUACUACUGGCCCGGCUGUGCACAGGAUAUAGAGAGGAUGAUCCGCGAGUGUCUGAUUUGCAGAAGGCUGAAGACACCACCAGCUCACCAACAAGGCCUGCCGACAGGUACCCUAGGAAAGGCGGCAGCCAUGGACGUCGUCUCACUCGACCACGUAGGACCAAUACACAUGGGAGGAAUCGGGUGGAACAUCCUAGUCAUCAUCGACCAUGCCACGAGAUACAUGAUGGCGAAGGUCGUCCCCACGCUGGCAGCAGUCCAGACGUUCAGCACCUUCUACAGGCAUUGGGUAGUUCCCUUCGGACCCCCGCGCAUAGUACUGACGGACAACGGCACAAGCUUCAAGGGAGCAUUCCAUGUCAGCACGACGUACCAGCUCGGAUGCAAACACCUGACCGCAGCGCCGUACCGACCUCAAGGAACGGGAUUAACGAGGCAUCCCACCAAGAGCUCCAGAACGUGCUCAAAGCGCUCUGGCAAGAAGGAAUCCGAGACAUGGACCUCAUGGUAG